AUGGUGGGGCCGCGGCAUCAGGUAGGGGGACGCUCUAGGCCGCGGCGGCGCUGGAGGGACAACGGGAGGGGCGACCAUAGAGAGCGGCGGGGGCGAGGGCGCCCCCAAGCGGACGGAGCUGGGAGCCGCCGCCGGGGCCUCCGUCCCUGGAACCCUCCGGCUGCCUUGGGAAGGAUCCAGAUGCGGAUCCGGUUGUUCCAGUUCCACCUCAGCACUGGGAUGCGGCCCCACAGCUCCUACAAGCAGCUGCAGCCGCUGCCCCUUGGAGUCAAUGGGAUUCCUCACUUCUGGAACGCCGCCCCCCCCCUGCCCGCCCAGCGCUGCUGGGGUAGGGGGGGCCUUGCUCUACUCCUUGCCCUCUUCCUCCUCCUCCUCCUCCUCCUCAUCCUCAUCCUGCUCCGGAUCGGACCCCAGUGGAGCCACGGCACCGGCGGUGAUGGCAGAGCCUGCAGAGCCUCGUGCCGCAUCACCCUUGUGGAGAGCAUCCCAGAGGGGCUGAGCUUCGGCGCCGGCUCCCCCCGGAACCCCUCCACCUUUGCCACCUGGAAGCAGCUCCUGGGCUCCGUCCGGCACAGCCUGGACAUCGCCUCCUUCUACUGGACCAUGACCAACGCCGACACCGGCACUGCCGAGCCCUCGGCCGCCCAGGGGGAGCAGAUCCUGCAGGAGCUGCUCCGGUUACCGGAGCGCGGCGUCGCCGUCCGCGUCGCCGUCAGCCGCCCAUCGGCAAAGGCCCCGCUCGAUGAUCUCCUGGCGCUGGAGCGGAGCGGCGCCGCGGUGCGCACCGUGGACCUGCCGCGCCUGACGGGGGGGGUUCUGCACACCAAGUUCUGGCUGCUCGACGGCGCCCACCUCUACGUGGGCAGCGCCAACAUGGACUGGAGGUCCCUGACCCAGGUGAAGGAGCUCGGCGCUGCCGUCUACGACUGCCCCUGCUUGGCCCAAGACUUAGGCAAGAUCUUCGAGGCCUAUUGGGCUCUCGGCGUUGCCGGCGCCGCCAUCCCGGUGCCGUGGCCGGCGAAUUACUCCACCGCCUUCAACGCGGAGACGCCGCUGGAGCUGCUCCUCAACGGCACCGCCGCCGCCGUCUACUUCUCGAGCUCCCCGCCGCCGCUUUGUGCCGCCGGUCGCACCGAGGACCUCAGUGCCCUGCUCAGCGUCAUCGAUGCCGCCCAGGCCUUCGUGGACGUGGCGGUGAUGAGUUUCCUGCCCACCACCGAGUUCUCCCACCCACAGAGGUUCUGGCCGGCCAUCGAUAACGGGCUGCGGCGAGCCGUGGUGGAGCGGCACGUCAGGGUGAGGCUGCUGGUGGGCUGCUGGCGGCACAGCCAGGCCAUCAUGUUCCCCUUCCUCAAGUCGCUGGCGGCCGUCGCCAAUAACCGGACCCGGUACAGCGUGGCCGUGCGCCUCUUCAUGGUGCCGUCGAGCGCGGCGCAGGCGCGGAUCCCCUAUGCCCGGGUCAACCACAACAAGUACAUGGUGACAGAGGCAGCCGCGUACAUCGGGACCUCCAAUUGGUCCGGGGAUUACUUCACCCAGACGGCGGGAUCGGCGCUGGUGAUCAACCAAACGGUGAGUGCCACCGGUACCGGAACCAGCACCGGUACCAGCACCGGUACCAGCACCGGCACCAUCCUGGAGCAGCUACAGGCGGUGUUCGAGCGGGACUGGAGCUCCCAGUACAGCGCCGACAUCGGGGACACCGAGCGCUGGCAGAGCCUCUGUGGCUCCCGGUAGGCACCGGGGAGCUGCAGGCGCCGGCGGCACCGG